UAUAGCUCAAGCAAGCGGAAUCUCAACUCAGACGUAGACCGACCGCGAACAUUUGUGCAGAUCUACAAUCACUCACGAUGGCAGAGCACGUCGAUACUGGCAAUGCUGACCUGGACAAAGCUAUAAAACAAUGGUUGGAAUGGGAUAAAAAUAUGGCAACCAGACAAGAAGUCACCGAACUUUUGAAUGACCACAACGUCGCAGAGUUGCAAGAGAGGUUUGGGACAAGGAUCCAGUUUGGAACUGCCGGUCUGAGAGCUGCAAUGGAAGCUGGUACAGCGAGAAUAAAUGACCUUAUAAUCAUUCAAACAGCACAGGGUCUCCUAAGAUAUUUAGAAUCUGUCAAUCCAGAAUGUAAAUCACAAGGAAUCAUUAUUGGAUAUGAUGCAAGAUACUCAAGUCAAAGGUAUGCUCACUUAACUGCUUCUAUUAUGCUACGAGCAGGGAUACCUGUCUACCUCUUCUCAGAUAUAGUGCCAACGCCUUUUGUGCCAUAUGCAAUUCGGAAGUAUGGGUGUGCUGUUGGUGUCAUGGUUACGCCCUCCCACAAUCCUAAAGGAGACAAUGGGUACAAGGUAUACUGGAACAAUAGUGCUCAGAUUAUCAGCCCUAUUGAUAAAGGGAUUGCUAAAAACAUUGAGGAGAACUUAGAGCCAUGGUCAGACUCCUGGGAUACAUCCAUCUUAACGAGAAGUAAACUAUUGACCGAUCCUUUUGAUGAUGUUCUAGAUAGUUAUAUCCAAGACCUACAACAAAAAUGUCUACAUAGAGAAAUAAAUGAGAAGACCCCAUUGAAGUUCACAUACUCAGCCAUGCAUGGUGUAGGUACUAAAUUCAUAUGUGCUGCAACUCAAUCCUUUGGAUUUCAACCACUGAUUAUGGUGAAAGAACAGGUUGAACCAGACCCUGAAUUCCCCACCGUCAAGUAUCCCAAUCCUGAAGAGGGAAAGAGCGCCCUUGAUCUCUCCAUGAGUACAGCCAAAGCCAACGGUAGCUCCAUCAUCAUCGCCAAUGACCCUGAUGCUGAUAGGCUGGCAGUAGCUGAGAGGCAGAGAGAUGGACAGUGGAAGAUAUUCACUGGGAAUGAGCUUGGUGCACUCUUAGGUUGGUGGUGCUACUCGUGUGCUAAACAACAGAAUGGAGUCGAAUCAACAGAUAGCGAUAUGUACAUGCUUGCCAGCACAGUCUCAUCUAAGUUAUUGCAAAAAAUGGCAGAAUAUGAGGGCUUUCACUUUGUGGAAACACUGACGGGUUUCAAAUGGAUGGGAAACAAAGCUGUUGAUCUGAUCAAAGAAGGAAAGAAUGUUAUCUUUGCUUUUGAAGAAGCAAUAGGGUUUAUGUGUGGGACUAUGGUAAUGGACAAGGAUGGCAUCAGUGCUGGAACGUUAGCUUGUGAAAUGGCUGCAUAUCUCAAGUCAAUCAACCUCACAUGCACAGAAAAACUAGAAGAAAUCUAUGCAAAGUAUGGUUACCAUGUGUCAAAGAAUUCUUACUACAUCUGUCUCCAACCUGCAACAAUAAUGGCCAUGUUUGAUAGGAUACGAACAUUGCAUCAAGGAUCAUAUCCAGAUUCAAUAGGUAAUAGCAAAGUAACAUCUGUAAGAGAUCUGACGACGGGAUAUGAUAGUUCUCAACCAGACAAACAAGCUAUCCUCCCUGUAAGUAAAUCAAGUCAGAUGAUCACAUUCACAUUUGACAACGGUGUCACAGCUACUCUAAGAACCAGUGGGACUGAACCAAAGGUCAAAUACUAUACUGAAAUAUGUGCAGACGUAAAACAGAGAUGUAAGGAGGAGAUUUCUGAUGAGCUGAGCAAGUUUGUUGAUAUCUUAGUGGAGGAAUUACUUCAGCCUGAGGUGAACAAAUUAAUUCCCAAAGGCGAUUGAGGGCACCAUAUCCUUAUCACACAUCAUGAUGAAAAUAGCCACCAGCGGCUACCAACCAUUUAAUUGCAGAGGCAUCAUCAAAUGUAUUCAAGUAACCCUAUGGGGAAUUAAUCAUCGGUAUUGUUGAUAUCUUAAAGGGGUCAUUCUAGAAAAAAUGAAAUAUCACAAUUCAUGAAAAUCCUGUCUGAACCAUCUUUUGGCCUACAGCCCCACACUUAUUUAGAAAAAAAGCUGCUCACAAAACACACAUACACACAUUGCAUAUUUUCAGUUACCAGCAGAGUUCUCCACAAUUCAAAUUCAAAACACAUUACAGAUAAAAGCAUUACAUUUUUUGUAAUGGAUUUGAACAAACUGGAUUGCACAUUGACGCCAAAGCAACACCAGCCACCAAGCACACAUGCAAUGCAUUGGCCAUCCAUCCAUGUUAUUGCUCAGACAAAAUGUCACAGAAACCAUGCAAGGUUCCAAGGCUACUGGCCAAAAGAUGGUGGGACAGUAAAUAGUGAUGUUUUCAUGAUGAGAAUGACCCUUUCAAGCUUUUAUCUGUUCUAGAAGGAGUGGAUGGCCCGAAAGAAUAGUGCUUGAAAAUACAUUGGGGUCAUUGGAUGAUUAUGACAGAAAUAACGAAAAUGGAUAUGUGAAUGAUUAUAUUUGUGCCUCAGCAAAGCUGAAUAGUAUAAUAUAUUAUCUGAAAUAAAGUUGAUGGUUGAAUUAUAAAUGAUAUAUGCUGAUAAAUUAUGUAAAGGAUGGUAUAUGUUUAUUGCAUACAAUUUUGUAGCACCAUCUAUUCCGAUGGGACUUCUAUUUUAGUUUUGCAAAAGGUAUAUAGCAAGGUUUGUUGUAAUGAAUGCACUUGCAAAAGAUCAAGUAUAUUCGACUUCCAAUAUUUUUGCAGCGUUUAAACAGAAUCAUCAAGCUGCUUUAUUUCCUGGCAAAUAUUUAUUUGCAAAAAAGCAUAACU